UUGAACAUAUUAUUUAUAUUUUCAUCUGGCAAAAGUCUGUACAUAAUAGAGAAAAAAUUAAACAGCCAUAGUCCAGUCACGUUUGGCACAAAAGCAUAGAAUACUCAUAGUAGUCUUUCAAUAUCUUUGUCAGCAAUUAAAUUGGUCUUGUAGGACGUUUAAUCUAUAUGUUAACAUUAUAUACCCACACUCUGUCUGAGAUUAGAACCUAAUCCAGAAUUCACUUCAUGCAUUCAUUUCACAUUUAGAAGUUAAAUAGCUCAUUCAAAGUUAGACAAGUGAAAUUUUUUUGUUGACUUUCAGAACAGUUGGCAAUAGACUGGUUUUAAUUUGGAACAGUAAUUUGUAGCCCUCAGUAGAUUAGUCCAUGUCUUAAAGGUCUUAAUGUUAAAACAAACCUAAAACUUCUCUUUUCUUGUGUCUCACACCUACAUUCUCCAGUGAAAGACAAAUAUCUGCUACCAUACUAUAAAGUUCAAUUCCUUUAAGCCACUGGUAACACAUUUACAGAUUUGAACUAUUGAUGAGCAGGUAUGCCAUUAAGUUAGCAAACAUAAUAGAUGAGCAAUAGUGAGUGAAGUAAGAGGCCUGACUCCUGUGUCAUAAGGUGCAGUUUGUGAUAACGGCUGUAACAAGCCCCAUGCAACACAACUGAUAAGCAAAUAGAAGUGAAGAACAGUCAGGUAACCCCCCUACACAACCACCCUCGUCACACCCUUGCGCAUUGAAUAUUUGGCUACUGGCCAUUCGAAGGAGAAGGUCUGAUAGGGCAGAAGCAAGGGAGCGGCCAGAAGGUCCACAUUCACCUGACUCUCUGUGUCAUAGACAUUCAGGCAGUACUAACGGCAUGAGGGGCUAGGACUGCCAAAAGCCAAAGAGCUAUUGAAAGAAAAUACAAAAAAAAAGAGAUUGUCAAAUUAAAUAUCUAUCAAUAUCUGUCUAGACCCACAGUGAACCGACUGCAGGAUUACAGUCAUCAUGGUAACACUGGACUUCAGGACACUGACGGUGCCGGUGGGCAUUGCGCGGAUACUGGAGGUGAUCUUAACUUGCAUCUCCUUCAGCCUGGUGGCAUCAGUCGGCCACAGUACUGACUCCUUCUGGACGUGGUGCAUGUUCACAUGGUGCUUCUGCUUCUGCAUCACCUUCCUCAUACUCCUCCUGGAAUUCACCAGCCUCAGCUCUAAGUUGCCCAUCUCCUGGGAUGACUUCACCACCGCUUUUGCCAUGUUGGCUACCCUAAUGAUACUGGCAGCGUCCAUCAUCUAUCCCAUCUUCUUCACUUGCUCUAACUGCGGCAGACAAAUUGGUGCUACUGUUACUUCCUGUCUGGCCUUCAUCCUGUACGCCAUAGAGGUUGGGCUAACCCGGGCUAAACCCGGUGAGCUUAGUGGAUUUCUGUCCACAGUCUCAGGCCUCCUCAAGGUUCUGGAGGCCUUUGUGGCCUGCAUCAUCUUCAUCUGCUUGGAGCCCACUCAGUACACUAGGUUUGCGGGGCUCCAGUGGUGUGUCGCUGUCUACUCCAUUUGCUUUAUUUUUGCCCUCGUUGUCAUAAUUUUUACCAUCUGCCGCCUUCUGUCCCUCUUCCCCGCACCAUUUGAUAAAAUCCUGAUAGCCUGCAACGUGUUAGCAGUGUUGAUGUACAUCACAGCUGUGGUCAUCUGGCCAUUGUACAGCUUCAAGAACAACCCAAGGCCAAGCUGGUGUGCGGACGGGGGUCAGCUCGGGGCUAUUUGUCCAUGGAAUAAAUUAGUGGUUAUCUCUUUCAUGACAUGUUUCAACCUUGUUGCUUACAUUGUAGAUACUUUUUAUUGUUUUAGACUGGUCUUCUUCGUCAGCAGAACAUAGGUUGCAGAAAUGCCUCAUAUUUCAGCCAUUGCCAAUCUUUGAAGUCCGCUUUAACUCAAAGGCUGGACAUGAGUAGGAUAAUUGUAUGUACUAAAGCAUCCCCAGUACAACUUGUAUGUUUUAUUUCAAUGUUGGUGGUGACCCAACACUCUUGUUUGUCCAAAUGAGGUUAACUUUUAUUUGUCAUGAUGAUACACAAAUUGGUUUUAACAUCAUGGAAAUGUAAUCUCUAAAAUUAUUUCUCCUCUUUCCUUUUUUCUUCCUCCAUGAUUUUAAUCUGAUCCUUAUUAAUUCUCUUAUUUUGUUACAGCAUUGAUGUGAUUGUGUCAGUCUCAGUUGCAAACUCAUUUAGUGUAUAUUCUUUUCAGCAUGUGAAAUAUGAAUAAA